UUAUAGUUUAAUCUUUCUUGGAUAUCUUCAUUAGAAGAAGGAGAGGAAGAAUGGAGCAGUUCAGUGUGUUACGGGCAGCAGUUUUACUACUUUUUGCUGUAUAUGUAACAGGUCAGUAUUACGGUGGUCAAGAACAUGUUUUGGUGGACAACAAGUGCAAAUGUAUCAAGGUGACCUCCAGAUUUGUCCCAUCAAAAGAAGACCCAAAUGUAGAAAUUCUAGAAAGAAAUAUUAAAAUAACGAUUCCCCUGAAGAGCAGAGUGAACAUUUCAGAUCCGACUUCUCCAUUAAGAACUAAUUUUGUCUAUAAUCUGUCAAAUCUUUGCCAAAAAUGCGACCCUGUGGAAAUUGACAUCGGUGGUGAACCAUUUCUUGUUUCUCAGGGAAGUUGCAGUAAAUCAGAUGCGGAUUCUUGCUAUGCAUAUGAUAGAAGCAAGUGCUAUACAAGUGAAGUUCCCUUCAAAUAUGAUGGAAAUAUAAUCAUGAGGAAAGUUCCUCUAAAUUCUGAAUCCUGUUAUGAAUAAUUCUAUACAGAUACAGUAUGAAACACUGUUUUUAUCAGCCUCAAAGAAAGGGGGUUUUCAUCUUAUCUUUUUUAAUAUUUUUUUUAUUUUUUAUUUUAAUUUGCCCUCCAGGUAGCUGUACCUGUGGAAAAUCCAUAUUCAUUUGCUCCCCAUCUCUCAAUUCCAGUUCCAUGGCAAUCUUCACUUCCAGUCCACCAUCUGUCAACUUCCACACAAACAGGGUCACAUACACCACUGCAGCCAAUGACUGGCCUCAGUGUUGAUGUGUCAGUCAUUGACAGUGACACACAUAACCCCAUAUCUGCGGAAGUUGACCGUCAGGACCAGGAAAAUCAAUGAAGAGAGACAAGGAUGCAGAAUAGAGUGUCAGGAAGCAGGUGCAGCUAAGGGGAGGCAAAUAAAAAAAAAUGCUGGACAGUCCCUUUAAGACAUGCUUUGUUUAUGCUUUUUCUAUCACUUUUUACAUGCUUCAUAGAACUAGUACUAUUAUUGCUUUGUCUCACAUACAUUAUAGCUGUGCAAUAAACCAUUUAUUAGUCAUGCAUAUCAAUAAAGGAAUUGUGACAUA